GUCUCUGUGGGCAGUGCAGUGCCGAGCCCCACCCCUUGAGCUGUCCACAGCUCCAGACUUUGCCCCUGCGCUCCAGUGCGGGCUGACGGACAGAGGGCUAGAGACAAGACUUCCCAGAAUCAGGAAUUUCCCCCUGGGAAGUGGCAUCCUGUGUCUCCACACUGCAGUUGUCUGGUCUCUCCAGCAAUUUGGUACCUCUGGGCCCAACAUUAUAGCCCAAGGCAAGUGACUGGAAAGGAGAGACUCAGCCUCUCAAACAUCCAGCAGAAAGACCACAGGCUGGUACAAUGAAUGUGGUAGUGAUCGGAGCGGGAGUCAUUGGGCUGUCCACUGCCCUCUGCAUCCAUGAGCGCUACCACUCAGUCCUACAGCCACUGGACAUAAAGGUCUACGCCGACCGCUUCACCCCGUUCACCACCACCGACGUGGCUGCCGGCCUCUGGCAGCCCUACGUCUCUGACAGCAGCAACCCACAGGAGGCGGCAUUGGGUGACCGAACUCUCUGUGACCCUUCCAGAGACUGGAACCAACAGACCUUUGACUAUCUCCUGCGCCACGUCCAUUCUCCCAACGCUGAAAAAAUGGGCCUGUUCCUAAUCUCGGGCUACAACCUCUUCCAUAAAGCCAUCCCGGAUCCUUCCUGGAAGGAUACAAUUCUAGGAUUUCGGAAGCUGACCCCCAGAGAGCUGGAUAUAUUUCCAGAUUACAGCUAUGGCUGGUUCCACACAAGCCUAAUUCUGGAGGGAAAGAACUAUCUACAGUGGCUGAAUGAAAGGUUAAUGGAGAGGGGAGUGAAGUUCUUCCAGCGGAAGGUGGAGUCUUUUGAGGAGGUGGCAAGAGAAGGCGCGGACGUGAUUGUCAACUGCACUGGGGUAUGGGCUGGGGCGCUGCAACCAGACCCUCUGCUGCAGCCAGGCCGGGGGCAGAUCAUUAAGGUGGACGCCCCUUGGAUGAAGCACUUCAUUGUCACCCAUGACCCAGACAGCAGCAUCUACAAUUGCCCAUACAUCAUCCCAGGGGCCCAGACAGUUACUCUUGGGGGCAUCUUCCAGUUGGGAAACUGGAGUGAACAAAACAAUAUCCAGGACCACAACACCAUUUGGGAAGGCUGCUGCAGGCUGGAGCCCACACUGAAGAAUGCAAGAAUUAUUGGUGAAUGGACUGGCUUCCGGCCAGUACGCCCUCAAAUUCGGCUAGAAAGAGAACAGCUUCGUGUUGGACCUUCAAACACAGAGGUCAUCCACAACUACGGCCAUGGAGGCUACGGGCUCACCAUCCACUGGGGAUGUGCCCUGGAGGCAGCCAAGCUCUUUGGGAGAAUCCUGGAGGAAAAGAAGUUGUCCAGAAUGCCACCAUCCCACCUCUGAAGACCCCAGGGACUGCUGCCUGCCCCCCAAGAACUCCCAUUUCCCCUCAGCCAACGAAUCAAUGUGCUCCUUCAUAAGCCAUUGCUUAUCCCUCACUUCUUUCCCCAAAGAAGCAUGAGCUGAGAGAAAACCAUGAAGUCCAUGCCUGGAGAGGGGUGCAGUCCCACAUGGGGCCCCUCUCAGCGCCAAAAUCCCUCUACUUUCUCUGGGCCUGGUAUUAUAAAGAACAGCUGGGGGCUGUGAUUCCAUGAGUCUUCAGAAGAAAAGACGAAGCUCAGAAAAUCAAAGAGGCCAACUGCCCAGAGCCACAGAAAAUUGAGGCUAAGUAACCUGAUUACAAGUCAUACUAACACAAUAAAGGUUCUGAAAAGUCCUGCAGCAAAGGUAAC